UUUGACUCUUCUCCCCCCACAGCCUUACCCAAAACAGCAAUUUCUGUAUCAGAUCGACCCCGCUACCCAACCGACCCUCUUUUUUUGUUUUUGUUUUUCCUCCUUCCAAAUCCAAUAGUCCACAUCAGACUGAAAACAAAAACAAAACAGCAUAGUAACUACAUUAAUUAUCGAAUCGAACCCUCCAAAAAAAUCCUUGUAUCUCUCUGUUUUUGUUUUUUUUUGGGUUUGAUCGAAAUGAAGGAUGAAGAUGGGCUUAUUCCAACAACGACAGCGAAGAAAGAAACCUCGGAUUCGAGUUUCUUCGGUAAAGGUCGGUACAAGUUCUGGGCAUUGGCGGCGAUUUUGUUGCUCGCAUUUUGGUCCAUGUUUACGGGAACCGUUACUCUUCGUUGGUCCGCUGGAAAUCUCAACCGGUUCACUGAAGACCUCGAUAAUUACAUCCACGACGAUCUCGAUGUCCUCGAAAUGGAGGAGAGAGAGAAGGUGGUGAAGCACAUGUGGGAUGUGUACACGAAUAGCCGUCGGAUCAGAUUACCGAGGUUUUGGGAGGAAGCGUUUGAGGCUGCCUAUGAGGAUUUGACCAGUGAUGUCGUUGGUGUUAGAGAAGGUGCUAUUACUGAGAUCGCUAAGAUGUCUGUGCGCUCCAUUGAUCUUGAUCCCACUCCCGUCCAAUCAACGACUGCACGAGAAUUGCAUAAGAGUCUGAAGCGGGCAGAGAAAGGCAGGGAAGUAGUGACCUUGAAAGGUGGUCAUCGAUGAUGUGAAGGAUGUUGAGGGUGGAAGGAUUCAGUCAUUUAGAUUACUCACAAUUGAUCAUGUGCUGCCCAAAGAUUGUGAAGGGCAGUGAUAGGUGAAAUCAUACUCGGUUCUUCUAUGUAUUUAAUUAGGUUAUUUUUCUUCCAAAUUUUUGCAGUCACAAUAUUUUCAUGCGGGUAGUAAACUGAAACAACCUUUCAAGUAGAUCAAUCAAGUGAAGGGAAUUUUUUAUGAGAUA